AUUAUCGUUUUAUACUGCGCCAUCGGUAGCUCGCUGAGCGUUUUAAACAAGGUAGCGGUGACGAUGAUACCGGCACCGAACUUCAUCUUGUUUUGCCAGUUCGCGGCGACGACGUUGCUUUUGCUCGCGGCGCACGGUUUGAAAUUAGUCACCGUGGAGCCGCUCACAAAGGAGAUUGCGUUGGCGUUCCUGCCCCUCACGUUGAGCUUUUUCGCGCUGUUACUGGCUGGCAUGGAGGUGAUGCAGCGCGCACCGUUAGAAACAUUCAUCGCGGUCAAGUCGCUGACGCCGGUGGUGUUUUCGUUGAAUGAAUAUCUGUUCCUAGGUCGAGCGCUGCCGACACCCAAGUCGGCGCUCGCGCUGGUGGGCAUCGUCGUCGGGGCGGUAUUUUACGUGAAUCUAGACAUCUUCUCCACGGCGACCGCGUACGCGUUCUGCGCACUCUUCAUCGUCGCCGCGGUGUCGGAAGGCUUGAUCGCCAAGCAUACGAUUGAUAAGAUUCCGCUCAACAACUGGUCGAGGUCGUUCAACAUCAACGUGCUGAGCAUCCCGCUCGCCGUGGUGCUGUUUGCGCUCUCUGGCGAGAGCACGGCGCUCAUGGACACAACAUUAACGUCGAAGGCACUUGGUGUUUUAACUGCGACGUGUUUCAUGGGACUGGGAAUGAGUUUUUCGACGAUGUGGAUCCGCGAGACGCUCUCCGCGACUUCAGUCUCCGUCGUGGCGACGUGCAACAAGUUCAUCUCCGAACUCGUCAAUUGGAUGAUUUGGGAUAAGCACACGACCAUCGAAGGAACGUACGCGAUUUUAGCAAUCAUGACGUGCGGUAUAUUCUACGAGCAAGCU